AUGGCCUCAUCACCGUCACCUCCCCGGCCCCGGGACACCGUCCUCGUCACGGGAUCCUCCGGCCAUCUCGGCCGGGCCCUGAUGCUUUCCCUCCCGUCCUACGGCUACACCCCAAUCGGCAUCGACAUCAAGCCCAGCUCAACUGCCACUUUCAUCGGGUCCUGCGGCGACGCCUCCCUUCUACAAAACCUCUUCAACCCCAGCUGGCUUCGCGCCCAACCUGAGAUCUCUUCUUCCUCCAACGAUCCCAAUGGAAUCGAACCCAUCUCGCACAUCAUCCACUGCGCAACGCUGCACAAGCCGCAUAUCGAGUCUCACACCAAAGCGCAGUUCGUCCAGACGAACAUCGCUGAUACGUUGACGUUGCUUGAGGCGGCUGCUGCUACCAUUACAACUACCACUUCCGAAUCACCAGAGACAGAAAGCAAGAAGGAAGAAAAGACAACAAUCAAAUCAUUCACCUACAUCUCCACCACCUCCACCUUCGGCCGUUCCCUCUCCCCCCUCUCCUCCGUACCUGGCGCGCCCAAACCAGCAGCCCACAUAACCGAAAAAACCCCCUGCCUUCCUAAAAACAUCUACGGCCUGACGAAAUCCAGCGCCGAAGAUUUGUGCUACCUCAUCUCCUCCCAAUCCUCGCUUCCAGCAGUAGUCCUCAAAACCUCGCGCUUCUUCCCCGAAGCCGACGACGACGCCGACCGUCGCGCUUCCCUGCCGGAUGAUGAGAACCUCAAGCUCUGCGAGCUGGCUUAUAGGAGGGUGGACAUAGCUGAUAUCGUGUCUGCGUGUGUGGCUUCUAUUAGGGCGCAGACUCGUCCUCGUCUUCCCAGCACAGAGGGAGAGGGAGAGGGAAAGGGAGAGGGACCAAAAAGGAUCAAGUUCGGGAAAUACAUAAUCAGUGGCCCCUCUCCCUUUUUGGACCUGUCACCUGAAGAUUGGGUAGCGUUGAAUACCACUUCUGAAUCAGACCCAAAUGCAGGGGCAGAAAAGGUGUUUGCGGAAGUGGCGGAGAGGUUGUGUCCAGGGAUAGGGGAGAUGAUGGCACGGAAAAAGGGGUGGAAGUGGCUGAGCAGGGUGGAUAGGGUUUAUGACUCUCGCAAGGCUAUGGAUGAGAAAGAAUUGGGGUGGAAGCCCGAGUGGACUUUUCAGCGGGCGCUGGAGAGGAUUAUGAGGGGAGAGGAGUGGAGGAGUGGGUUAACGGCCGAGGUGGGCAAGUUGGGGUAUCAUGAUCGGGCUUGGGGGGGUUUAUACUACUGA